UAUCAUUUUUCUUGUUUUGACAUGUAAGUUCUUUUUAAAGGCUGUCUUUUUGAUUUCUAACAGCUUUUUCCCAGAACAGCAAGGGUUGUGCAGUGUCUGAUCUCUGCAAAGUGAACUAAAACUUUCCAAUUUGAGAGAGGUUCUUUCCUAGUGACUUACGUAGCCAACAUAAUUAAGAACUGUCAGGCAGUUCUUAAUUAAAAGUUCAAGUCUGUGUCAUUUUGUCCGGAAUUGGAGUAGAGCUGAGCUGUCUGUGAUUAUUUCACUCAUCAUGUCUUGCACUAACGCUGCUGUUCUGCUCUCUGGCAUCUUGAGCCUUCCAAGAUUUGGUAAAACUGAACAUAAGGCUGAAGAUCUCUUUAAUCUUAUGCCCAAGUUCCCAGGACUUCCUGAUUUUCUACAUUUAUCCCUCUGGAGCACAGAAGGAUGAUCACAAGUGAUCAGAUUACCCCAGGCUGAAGCUUUUCUGUGCCUCUGUGUGUGGCAGCUCUGCUGAGGCUGCAGGAGAGAGCUCCAGGCACAGGGUUUCUCCUCAGAUGGAAUCUCAGUUUGCCCAACUCCCUCACCUGGAAGCUGAGAGCAGGUAAUGUUAUCUCCUACCUCAUCAAAUUUCAUCUGCUGCCACUGAAGUGAACUUUGAAAGAGGUUUCAGAAGGACAGGCUUGCAGAUCCCAGCUCUGCUUGCAAGUUCACAAAACAAUCAAAGCGGUUUUCUCAUCCCAGACCUGGUGGAGUCUGUAUUUCUCCCAGUUAUGCACCACAAACUGAAUUUGGAGCUGUGCUAGCAGUCCUGAGAAUGGAAAAGACAAUCAGUGAGAAAUGUGCUUGUUCAAAACUCUGAAAAAAUUAGGUUGUACAUAAUUAACUGAGGACUCUAAAGACAGUGUUAAUUAAUGCAUAGAAUUCUCCAUAGGUGCAGCAUCCAGGCAGCUCCAUUCAGUGGCAAGAUGAGGAUUUUGUGACAUCCUUUACUGUUGUACUGUGGCUCUGCAAUCAAUUCCCCAGGCUUAGAGGACUCAGAGUACACUCAUGCAUUUGGGCAUGAACUAAUGAACAGAGAUGAAAUGAGUGGUUUCUUCCUUCUUAAGAGAAUGCAAACUUUUAUUUUCUGCAGUGGACAGAGCAGUGCCUGUCCGUGUGUGACUGUGUGGUUUAAUUCUUCUGGCUCAGGUACAUGAGAUAUCACCAUCCAGAUAAAUCACUCCUGUCACUUUCCAAACUGUCUCUGUAAGGUUUGGAGUAAGUUAUGUCCAGUAUAAAAAGUUCUCAGGGGGCAGCAGGUGGAAUUUCAGUGAGUUGUCCUUGGAGUCACCAGUUGUUCCCAACACUCAGCAGCUGAGGAGCCCCAGCAGGACUCGGUCUGAGUUUGCUGGGUGCCUUCAAGCGCCUGAAAUACGGAGCAUCAGCAAAGCCAGAGGCUCCCAGACAACUCAGCAUGCCCUGAGCAGAGUGACCCACUGACCAGGGCAGGGAGAGAGCACAGCAGAAGCACCAGAAAACCUGAAAUUCAGUUGCUGUGAAGCAGCAGUUUGUGUAGCAGCUGCAGCCCUGCCAUGUGCUGUGUGUGAGCUCAGGUGGAGGCUGCUCACCUCAGAGUCCUUCCCAUGCUGUGGCCUUCCAAGGGUGUCAAGAAACGAGCUGGGCUUGGCAGUUCUGGAUCAGGGUACAAAGAAAUUGCUGUAUUAUCAUUGUUUGCAGAUGGGCCAUGCCUGGAAGUCUGAGUUGGACUCUCCCAUCAAGUCAGAGAACAGUGAUUUCCAGUCUCUUCCUGACUGGGAUUCAAGCUUGGGUCUGGAUGUGAUGAGCUGGAGAAAUACUGAAGAGGAGGCCAUGGGGAAGCUAGAGGGGAGCAGCCAAGAGGCAGACCAUGAGAUGGAGCUGAGUGAGCCUCUCUGGAAGGAUGAUAGUGAAGAUUACCACGAGGCAGAGAAACCAUGUGAAAAUGACAGUCUUCUCCAGUUCCUCUCAGAGGUAACCCAGAUGUUGGAGUCUUUCUGCAUUGGCAACACAGAGUCAUCACAGACUCCGUGGGAUUAUUGUGGCUCUGUGGAGAAGCAGAGUGAUGGGGAGGAAGUGAAGUGCCAGGAAAAGACCACAGGACCAGCAGGCUCAGGAGCAGAGGAAAGUCAACUGUACAUCCUGGCAAAAGAUGAGGAAGAACUCUUCCUGGGAAGAGAGGGAGAGACUGAAGACACACCUGGAGAGCCCCCUUCAGAUGAGCUGCAAUCACCAGAGAUGAGUGCUCAGGCCCUGGAUCAAGAUGACAGUGACAGCUCCUCUGCAGCCUCAGGGCUGGACUCCACAGGCUCUCCCAACAUGCACCUGCUGCAGCCAAGCUGGAAUAACCCCCUCCAGCACCUGAUCCUCAAAAAAAAGCUCCUGUCCAUCUGGAGGAUGAUAGCCAGCCACAGGUUCAGCAGCCCGUUCCUGAAGCCAGUGUCAGAGAAACAAGCCCCUGGAUACAGGGAUGUGGUAAAGAGACCCAUGGAUUUAAGCAGCAUAAAGAGGAGGCUGUCAAAGGGACACAUUCAGUCCGUGAUGCAGUUCCAGUGUGACCUGAUGCUCAUGUUCCAGAACGCUGUGAUGUACAACAGCUCCGACCACCACGUGUUCCACGUGGCUGUGGAGAUGCAACGAGAGGUCUUGGAGCAGCUGCAGGUCUUGGCUGAAGCCCUCCUGUUGUCCAGAGACAGGCUGGAGUGAGGCAGAAGGUAACCAGCCCUGCUUGAGGCCUCUCUCAGUUGGAGCAGCGAUGUCUCCGUGGGUCAGGGCAUCUCCUGGGCUCAGGGGAUGUGCUGCCAUGGCCUCGGGCAGACCUCAUUAUCCCCAGUGCUGGCUGCUGGGUUGAUCUAAAGCAGUUUUUGGGAGGGUACCAUGUUGGAAGCCUCCAUUCUUUCUGGGAAAAGCAGCGAUGUAGCCCUGCAGGGAGAAAAGUUCCCUGGGAUGAAAAGCCAGGGAGAGAAUCCUGUGUGUGGCCGGGUGGAUGAAGCGGGCACAGCCCGUGAGGGUGGCUGGCUGCACAGCGGGCACGGCAGCGUUCCCGUGUUCAGGUUGUUGUCAUGUUGUGUUGGCUCGGGUGGGUCCAGCGUUACCGGCACUGACCACACCCAAUAAAGGCCCGUGUUGAAGCUUGCCCCGGCCUGCCUGACACUGGGACUGGGAUUGGGACUGGGACCGUGACUGGGACCGAGACUGGGACUGGGUCCAGAACUGGGAUUGGGACCGCGACUGGGACUGGGUCCAGAACUAGGACUGGAACUGGGACGGCCACUGGGACUGGGUCCGGGACUGGGACUGAGCCUGAGUCCAGAACUGGGACCGCGACUGGGACUGGGUCCGGGACUGGAACCGGGACUGAGUCCAGAACUGCAACUGGACCGGGGGUGGGAGAGGCGGGACGGAGCGCGUGGCCGGGCGGGGGGGAAAUGGGUGCUAGAA